UCUAGUUUUCAAGCCAAAAAUGGCGAAGUUUUCACUCGUAUUUUGUUCAGAUUGUGAGCUGAUUUUGUGAACGGAGGACACAAAUUACCGGACUUUUUCGCCGGGAUUCAGUGAAAAGGCAUUUGCCAAUUGCCAAUUGCAGCACUGCGAGAAAGCAAAGCGACAUCCGCGAUGUGGAACCAUUGGCAGCAGGCGGCUGCAGUAGCGGCGCCGAUGAGCGCCCCCCCGCCGCAGCCGUCGGUUCCGCCGCCCCUGCCCGACGCCCCGCCCCCUCCGCCUCCGUCCGAUGGGGGCGCCCUUGCAGGCGGCGGAGGAGGUGCUGCUCCAUCCGUACAAGCGGCAGCUGCCCAGGCAGCCACAACUGGAACAACCACCACCGCGGCGGCGGCGGCGGCGAUGGCUUUUAACCCCUAUAGCAGUGGGCAGGCCACAGGGGCGGGCAACCCCUACGAACAGUAUACGGCCGCCCAGUACGCGGCCAUGACCCCGGAGCAGCAGUACGCCCUGCAGCACCACUGGCACCAGUGGCAGACCUACCAGGCGGAGUACGCCAAAUGGCAUGCCCAGUACGGCGAGCAGUACAAGCGCGAAAUGGCCGCCGCCGCUGCUGUGGCCACCAAUCCCGCUGUCCAGGGCGUGCCCGCACCAGUGGCCGCCGUGGUUUCACCCGCUCCCGUUGCCGCCGUUGUGCCCGCUGUUGUUGUGCCCGGGCCACAGGCCUAUCCCGUGGCGCAGAACUAUUACCAGGGCAUGUCGGCCGUCUCACCGGUACCGGCGACCACACCGAAUCCCAUGCAGAAUCCCCUGCCAGUGGGUGGUGCGCCGCUGCCGGGCAAGAUCAUGGCCCAGCCGCAGAUGUACAACCAGCCGCCGCCGCCACCGCCCCACAAAAGUGGCUAUCAGAUGUCCAAUCAGAGCCAGGGCAAUGACAACAACCAGCAGCAGCAGGGCAUGUGGUCGGGACCGCCACCCAUGCAACAGCAGCAACAACAGCCGCCAUCGAAUCGGUAUGGCGGACAAAUGAACUACAAUAGUGGCGGACAACCGGACAACCAGGGCUUUCCCAAUCUCCAGCAACCGCCGCCUUCGCUGCAGAGACCACCACCGCAACAGCAGCAGCAGCUGCAAAACAACAAUAACAACAUGGACAACAACAACCAGCAGUGGGGCAACAACAGUCAACGAAGUGGUCGUCCGCCCUGGGAAACCAGUGGUCCGCCGCCCGAUAACUUUGGGCAGCAACAGCAACAACAACAACCAGGACGCUGGGAUGGUCCACCGCCGCAGAAUGAUAACAACAAUCGCUGGAAUGGACCGCCUCAGGUCAACAACAACAACAACGUCAACAAUCGACGCUGGGAUGGCCCGCCAAAUCAAACACAAUCUGGCGGAGAUCAGCAGCAGAUUCAACAGAAUCAGAACCAAAAUCGCUGGAUGAGCGGACCACCACCGCCCAGCGAUCAAAACCGCUGGAUGAGUGGACCACCGCCGAACAUAAGUGAGCAACAGGAGCACCAAAACAGUAACAGUAACCAGCCACAGCUGAAUCCCCGCCAGAAUCGUUGGCAGAACAACAAUUCGGAUGCGGAGCCACCGCCAAUGAGGAACAACAACAAUAAGCAGAACAACUUUCAGAACAAUCGCAAGAGUUGGGGGCAACCGGACGAAAGAGGAAUGGGUGGAGGAGAUGGUAACCAAAACCAGAACCAGAAUCAGAAUCUGAAUGCUGCCCAACGCAACCAGAACCCAUUCACCAAGAACUCUCAGUCCGAUUUUGGCCCAGAUGGCAAUGGCAACAAUUGCAACAACUUUGGCCAGCGAACGGGCAACUUUCAGGGCAACUAUGCCAAUAGUUAUAAUAACCAGGAUCAGGUUGGUGGCAAUUUUGGCGGAGGUGGAUCUGGAGGAGGCAACACAGGCAGAGAUAACUUUGCCAACCGCGGACCUGACAACUUUGGCAACAACAACAAUGGCAACUUCAAUAACACCAACAAUCGCCGCCAGAGCAAUCGCUGGGAUAACAAUCGCAACCAGGGAAUGCAGGGAUACUCGGAUGAGAGGGGAGGCGGCGGCGGAGGAGGAGGAUCAGGAUCAGGCAAUGAUUCUGGUCCAGGAAAUUUCAACCAGAAUCGCGGCAAUUUUAAUCAGCGCAACAAUUUCAAUCAGCCGUCACAAAAACAGCAGCAGCAGUCGUCUCAGAAUCAACCGCCGCAGCAACAAAACCGCAACCAACAGCAGGCUCCCGAUCUGGAUGAAGCCAGCUUCGAUCGCCUGUUCGACCAGUGGGAGCAGCAGUUCGAGGACUGGAAGCGGGCCAACGCCAAUCAUCCGGAUCGCGAUGAGUAUCGGCGCUACGAGGAGGAGUUCGAGAAGCAGCGUCGUCGCAUUGCCGAGCGCAGGGAGCAGAUGCGGCGACGUCGUCAGCAGCAGAUGGCUAGUGCUGGUGGUGGUGUCUCUGGAGGAUUACCCACCGACUCUAUGCCAAAAGAAGGGGGCAUGGCCAAGACAGGGCAGGAGGAGGAUGAGGAGGAGGAUGAUUUGGAGGAGCAGGAGCCAAAGGAAACAUUCGGUGGUGGUCCAAAUUUCGCCAAACAGGUAUCCAAUUUUAGCCACCAAGGCAACAGACAACACGGACAUCCUGGCCACUUUGCGAAUGAGAAUCGUGGCUUCAACAAGGGACCGCCCCCACAGGGAAUGCAGAAUCAAUACCAAACCGCCCAGCAAGCUAUACAGGAGAUGCCUGCCAUGGACAAGCCAGUCCAGGAGCAGCCAGCCAAGCCAGUUGCUCCUCCAGCUCCCCCGGUAGCACCGCCAUCCCUGCCGCCGCCCGAUGUUGCCGUUGCCGCUCCCGUUGCCGUUGCCCCAAUGGUUGUGCCCGCUCCGCCAGUGGCGCCGCCAACGCAGCCACCUCCGAUCUCCAGCAAUCUCGGCAAGCGCCGACAAACAAGUGUGGCUGCAGCUGUGCCCACAGCCGCCAAGCAGGUGAAAGAGGAGGAGCCCAUAUUCACCAUUUCCCUGGACGACGACGAUGACGAUGAAGAGGACGAGGACAAUGAGCCGCCGGCGUUGGACACACCCAUGGGAAGCAUCUUCAAGAAGAGCGAUGGCAUACCGGGUCUGGACUUGGUGGCCGAUGGCACCGACGGCAAGAAUCCGUCCUCGGUCUUCGAUGUGGGCUCCGACCAGGCAGUGGAGAGUAGUAGUCAGCCUACAGGCCCCCAUGCCGCCAGCAAGACCAACGAAACUCUGAGCAAUGUGCUCAAAGAUCCCAACUUCUUCAACAAUCUCACCCAGGCGGUGGCCAAUGUUCAGGAGCGCGAGCAGCGCGAUCGCCAGCAACGGGAGGUUAGGGAUCAGGAUCAGGAGCAGCAGCAGCAACAGCAGCAGCAGUCGACAGAUCAGGAAACUGGAGCAGAUGGACGACCCUUGUCCUUCGCCGAGUGGCAGCGCAAGAAGAAUGGCGGCAACGACGGCAAAUCGCAGGAUUCUCAUGGCACCCACAGUCCCAGUGGCAGUGAGCCGGCGGAGCAUGGUGGACAGGCUAUGAAUCAAGGUGGACCUGGUGCGGGUCCGGGUCCCAACUCACGCGGUCCCAACGAUGGACCGCCAACGUCGCGGUUUGACAACUUUGGACCGAAUCAAGUGCCUGGCAACAACUUCGUUGACUUCGAUGGCAACAAUGGCCCCGGUCCCGGUUUCUAUCCGCCUGGCCGGAACUUUGGACCACGUGGCCCCAACUUUGGACCCAACUUUGGACCCAAUUUUGGCCCCGGCCCGGGACCGCAUUUCGGACCCAAUGGACCGUAUUUCGGGCCGGGACCAGGCAACUUCCGGCAUAAUGGCCCCAAUUUUGGGCCCAACUUUGGACCGAACUAUGGGCCGCGUAACUUUGGACCUCGCGGACCCGGCGGCGGUCCCUUUGGUCCACCGCGACGCGAUGACUUUGGUGGGCCACCACCUUUUGGCGGUCCAGGCGGACCUGGCCCCAACUUUGGCCCAGGCAAUGGACCCAAUGGCCCAAGGGGAUUCAAUAAUAAUGGCGGCAACGGCGGUGGACCCAGCAGUGAUAAUCCCUUCCGCCGGCAGGGUGGACCUCCAGGUGGCCCCGGUUUCGACGACGAUGGCCUGGGCGCACCGCCACCACGAGGUGGCCCCAGGAAUUUCCAACAACGCAACAGCUUUGGUGGUGGUGGGAAUCCAGGAGGACCCAACAUGAACAACCGGAAAAACUGGAAUGACGGGCCGGAGCAACUGCAGCAACAACAACCAUUCCCCAACAAAAGCAAUCAACAGCCCAUAUAUCGACCGAUGAAGGUGUUCGACUAUUCCAAUAACACGACAACAGCCGCCAAGGUGAUCGAUUAUGGCCACAAGUCGGGCGAUGGUAACCCCAUCGAUGGGCCUUCCGGCGGUCCGUCUCCCACCGACAGAAUGCCGGAAUACAGACCCAUGAAGACCUUCGAGUAUGGCCACGCCUCGUUUUCGGCACCAAAUCGCAUGGGAAUGCAAGGAGGAAUGGGAAUCGGACAAGGAGGAGGAGGUGGAGGAGGAGGAAUGCCUGGAGGAUUUGGAGGGCCUAGUGGGCCAGGUGCUACCAAUAACAAGCGAAAAAAUAAAAGAAAGAAUAAACAGCUUAAGAGGGAGGAGCGAAUGCAGUUCCAUCAAAAUCGACAGCUCCAAUCAGUUACGGUUAACGAAAGCGGGUCAACAAAUCCCGAACAGGAUGAGCAGCAACAGCAGCAGGAGCAGAUGCACGCAGAUUUACAGGAUCAGUGCGAUGAGGGCACAGCAAAUGAACCCAAUGAUCUGGAGGAUAUUUCCGAUGGUGAAGAUAAUCUAACGCCACUGGACUGCGAUGACGACGACGAAGAGCUCCCACCGCCACCUUCGAUGAGCAGAUGGAAUCAGGGAAAUUUGCAGCCGCAGUUAAAUCCACCAAAUCAGGCUAAAUUCUUUACCGCAAACCGCGACAGAUUGGUCCCGGCGCCACCAACCCUGUCGCUAUUCCCCUCGGCAGCCAUUGCCAAUGAGCAACUUCCCAGCCCAGUGACGGCUAGCCAUCUGGAGAUGACCGUGCCAACCAAUGAGAACCGCAAUACCAUUUCCGUGGACGAUGUGCUCUUGAAUCCCGGCCGCAUGACCCGUCCCAAGCGCAUCUGCAUCAUUUUGCGAGGACCUCCUGGCUGCGGCAAAUCGCACGUGGCUCGUCUCAUCAAGGAAAAGGAGCUGGAGAUGGGUGGCGCCAAUCCGCGCAUCCUCAGCAUCGAUGACUAUUUCAUCAUCGAGAACGAUUACGAGGAGAAGUGUCCCAAAACGGGCAAAAAGAUACCCAAAAAAGAGAUUCUGUAUGAGUACGAUGAUAGCAUGGAGGAGACCUACAUGCAAUAUCUUAUCAAAUCGUUCAAGAAGACGCUCAGCGAUAAUCUGUACGAUUUUAUAAUAGUGGACUGCAACAACAAUUCGUUGCGCACGCUGAAUGAAUUUUAUUGCCACGCCAAAGAUUCCAAUUUUGUGCCCUACAUCGUGGACUUGCACUGCGAUCUGGAGACGUGCCUGGGUAGGAACUCGCAUCAGCGCAGCGAGGAUGAGAUUCGCGUGGUGCUGGACAACUGGUGCAAUACGCCGCUGCAGUACAUCAAACUGGACGUGAGCUCGCUGCUCGAGAACGUGGUCGAGAUGGAAGAUGUUGAGGACAUGGCUACGGACGACAAUGCCUGUGCCGACGAUGGGGUCACAGCAGGACCAUCAGCAUCCGCAUCAUCAUUGGCAUCCGCAUCCGAGGAUGCAAUUGCCGAGGAGACGGACGACAGUAACAGCGCCGACGCGUCCAACGAUUGCGGCUUCCUGAAAAGCAAAUGGGAAUGUGACCACACCGAGGCCAAUUUGGCCCGCUUGGAUGGCACCAAGCGUCUGAUGCAGAACCGCAGGACGGCAAGCAUGGCCGACUAUCUCCAGCUGGAGGAUUGGGAACCGCCCAGAACCUCGGCCAAUGGCAAAAAGCGAGUUCGUUGGGCUGACAUCGAGGAGAAGCGGUCGCAGGAGAAGAUGCGCGCCAUCGGCUUCGUGGUGGGCCAGACCGACUGGAACCGCAUGAUGGAUCCCAAUGCGGGCAGUCGGGCCCUGAAUAGAACCAAAUACAUUGAGCGCAUCAAACGCCGCUAGGUGGCAAUCACAAUUACAGCCACGCAACUGGCCCAGAAGCUCACAGCAUUUGCACUAACCACUAACAACCAACCACCAACCACCAAAACACGGAUUACAUUCCCACAUGGGGAUCACCAUCCGAUUUCAAUAGGCUCAAAGGAAACCCCGAAUUACGAUUAAUUAUCAUUCAUCAUUAAUCAUCAAUCAUCAAUCAUCCCAAUGCAAUCAGUAUAAUUUCGCAACAAUCAGUCAUUUGUAGUAAUGCAUUUACGAAACGAAUUCAAUUUCGUCGAUCUGAUCACACACGAACAUCCGCAACUACUAUCCUAAAUCAUACUAAACAAAUAGAAUAAAUACGGAUCUAUUUUAAAAAAUGUAUAUAAUAUGAAAUUAUAUCCAACGAUUUUUUUUAGAUUGACGAAAUAUAAAUGAAAUGUA